AUGGGGCUUACACUGACGGGCACAUACAACACUCGACAGCUGCAAAUCGUCGUCAUCAAUAGCAUUCUAGUCGUGCUCUCCGUCACAGCGGUGUCUUUGCGAGUGUGGGCCCGAAGGCUGCAGGGCCUGGAUCUUUUUGUGGAGGACUAUCUGAGCAUUUUUGCCUUAGCAUUGUCUCUUGCUGUCAAUGCGCUACUAUUCCAAAGUCUCCAUGCUGGUGUGGGAGAGCAUGUUGAUUCCCUCUCGACCGCUACCGUGGAAGCCUACUCCUUGAAUCUUUACAUCAUGCAACUCUUCUGGAACACUUGCCUUCCGGUGAUCAAGCUCUCCAUCGUCCUCUUCUACCAGCGCAUCUUUCCCGUGCGAUCGAUGAUUAUCGCCUGUCGGUCGGUCAUGCUGUUUUUGGCGGCCUGGUACAUCGCCUUCCAAACCACCGCCAUCUUCCAAUGCAUUCCGAUCCAUCACGAAUGGCAGAAGAAAACCACAGAGGGCAGGUGCAUCGCAUUCGUGCCGUUUGUCACGACAUUAGCAGCGACCAACCUAUGCACCGAUGUUCUGCUUUUGGUUCUACCGACACGCCAGGUGUGGAAGCUCCAGAUCCCAUGGGGUCGAAAAGUCGGUCUCUCAGCCAUAUUCACACUAGGCAUUAUUGUCUGUGCGAUCUCAAUCGUCCGUCUGGAGAACCUCAUCGCCAUCAGCAAUUCCGACAUCACCUGGUCGGAUACCUACUCCCAUUUGUGGACCGCGAUCGAAAGUAGCCUCGGGGUGGUGGUAUCUUGUCUUCCCAGCCUGAUGCCAAUCAUCCGGCUUGUCAAGAGCAAGAGAUCGCAGCAAGAUGGAAAGCCCAUUACUCACACAGGCCAAGGAUCGUCGUAUCCCAGUCAUGUACGAGGGCCCUACGAGCUGGCCGAGGUGUCUAACAAGAUUUCGACGGGUCAGCGCACACGGCUCCGCGCAGGGAGCAGCAACUCGGAACUAAUCCGCAAGCCGGUCGGGGAUAUUGAGAUAAUCACCGAGAUAGAUCAACAAGUGGAGACCAGCAGUCGGACGUAUUUCGAUCCUUGA